CAUUUGAAUGAAAUACCAACCGAAAAAUACGUGUGCCGAUCUGUAGUGCUUUGGAUUAAUAUGCUAUGCACUUUCAAUUGCAAGCAAAACGAAGUGAAAAGUGAAACAACAACAACUGAAAUAUGUGCACAACUUUAGUCCAUGUAUUUAUCCAAUACAUGUAAAACAUCACAUCAUAUAAUUCCAAGUGUUCAAAAUAGAAUUCGCGUGCGCAUAUCACUCAACCCGACAACUGUUUGCUAAAAAUCAUGCUGACCAAUGGGUACCGCAUUGGGAAAGAACACAAGACUAAGAGCCAAUAUUAUGAGUACCCUAUGGGUGGUGGUGUUAAAAGGCUUAUUGAAAAUGCAAAAACAGCAGUUGCAGUUGUGCACGUACAGACGGAUUCCAAUAGCAUAGAUUUCCCCGAUAUAGUUCCCCGAAGAGAUUUGUGCAGUUGCAAAUCGAGGACAAGUAUUACAAAGCCACAGAUUAUAAGUGGACAUUCGAGAUGUCCCUUUGUCAUGUACCGAUGUGUGGCCAUAGCUGUACUAUCCAUGCUUUUAGUCCUAGCGACUGCACACAGUGCCAACAGUGAGCAAGAGUUAGUAGAAAGCUCAAGCAAUUCAUCAAGUGUCAGUGUUAGACCUGAAAUCAUUUUAUUGAGUAACAGAACGAAUGCUAAAUCUAACAUACUUUCAAGCGAGAACGCGUCAGCAACAAUUAUACAGAAAAAUCUAGAGGAUCAUUAUCAAGAGGAUCCUGAUCCGCCUUUAAACCCAAUAAAAGUACAAACCAAACGGAAUAGUAAAAGUUCGACUCUGCCAACAACAUCUAGAUCGGGUCCCUUCUCGAGUGUUCAAGGCGUAUCUAUGAAUCGAAAUACAUUGAUCAACAUUGAUAGUAUUUUACAACGCCAAUUGCGCGAGAAAGCAAAGCAGGAUAGCUUGGAGUCGAUUAAGAUGCACAUACUCAUGCGGUUAAAUCUAAAAAAACUACCAAAUAUAACCAAACCUAUCUCAGUGCCACAAAAUAUAUUAGAGGAUUUCUAUAAAGGUUAUAAUGCAUCUGUAACAAAUACAAUUUGGCGCCGUAGGGAAUCCGCAGGAGAACCGCUAUCAGAAUCACCAUUUGUCCCUAAGAAAGACGAGAAAAAUACCAAUAAAAGUAGCGGUUUAGUGGCUGAUGAAUCAGACAUGAACAUUUCUUCUCAAAUGCAAGGGGAUGAUGCUAAUGCUUUAAAUGAGUUUAAGUUGAUUUAUAACACCGAAAUAGGAAUCCAGGAAUAUCCAAAUACAAAACAAGAUUUUCUUAUGGAUAAUAAUGAUGAUGAAUACGAGAGUAUUCUUUCACACAUAAGCAGCAUUUACGUGUUUCCUGAACAACUUCAACCACAUGUUCGACACAACCGUAAAACAGACGUUCUUCGGUUUAAAUUCGACAAUAGUUACUCGGACAUAUCGUACGCUACACUGCAUUUAUAUCUGCGUGGUUGGGACUGGAUAAGCACCCAUCAGCCGGAACUCAUUGAGGAGAUUGAAAAUCAACAAAGUAAAGAUAUUGUUGUAGCUAUUCAUCGGGCAGUACGCCGUGCAAAUAACACAAGCUUUACUCACAAGGCCAAAAUGUUUGAAUUUCGACAAAAAAUCCCAUCUGGACAAGGACAGUGGGUCAACGUUGACCUUAAACCUGUUUUCGGUGAUCGCGGGUCGAAUAAAUCUCAUGAAAUUCUUAUAAAAGGUGUAGAAUCCUGGAUGAAGCCUUUAGUUGUGACCACCGAUAACACAUCGAAUAAUCCAUUAACGGUUCACAUAGAAAUUGGAUCACAAAAAAAGCAUCGACGAAAACGAAGCGUUUAUAUGGACUGUACUGAAAGUGAUCACGAUAUGCGAUGCUGUCGAUAUCCUCUCAAGGUGAACUUCACAAGUUUUGGAUGGCAUUUCGUUGUUGCACCUACGUCAUUUGAUGCAUACUUUUGCAGUGGCGACUGCAGAGUUGGAUACCUCGAGCAGUAUCCCCACACUCAUUUGGCCGCCUUAACGACGUCGGCCACGCCCUGCUGUUCGCCAACAAAAAUGAGUUCCUUAAGCUUGUUAUAUUUUGACGAUAACCAUAACCUGGUUUUAAGUGUUAUACCAAAUAUGUCUGUAGAGGGAUGCAGCUGUUCCUAGCCAUCAAGUCGAAUUUUUAUCUCGAUUUUUAUACCAAUCAUCUAGAAUAAAAAAAAUAUAAUUUUAUGUACAUA